GUUACUACCAUUUCACCGUUUACCCGUUUAACAAUUACCUUAAACGUCACCUGUUCACCAAACCGGUGAAAAGUUUGAAUCCGGGAAUUUUCGUAUCGCGUGCGUUGAUCGUCUGUCAACGUGUCGUUGUUUACCGCCGCAACUUCCUACACACAUAAUUACGAUUACCCGUAGUUGUAUAUUUUUAAAUAUUUAUUGUUGAAAUAAUUUUGUUGUUGUUGUGAGAACGUGUAUUUUGGAGUUAUUCGGGAACGAUGGCCGACAAGGAAAAGGAUGAGGUCGAAGCCACUAUUGCUGACGAAGGAGUGGUUAUGAAAUACAAAGCGGCCGGAGAAAUCGCCAACCGAGUGCUUGUUGAAAUCAUUGAAAAAUGUGUAGAAGGAGCAUCUGUUCGUGAUGUAUGUAUAUGGGGUGACAAUUUAAUUUUAGAAGAGACUAGCAAAAUAUUCAAAAAAGAAAAAGAAAUGAAAAAGGGUAUUGCUUUUCCCGUUUGCAUCUCUGCUAACAGUUGUAUUUGUCAUUUUUCGCCCAUUAAGAGUGAACCUGAUCACAUAAUCGCAAAAGAUGAUGUUCUAAAAAUAGAUUUAGGAGUACAUUUAGAUGGUUUUAUUUCUAUGCUUGCACAUACCGUGGUUGUGGGAGCUAGUCCUGAGAAUAAAAUUACAGAUAAAAGAGCUAACUGUUUCUUAGCUGCUCAAUAUGCAUCUCAAGCUGCUUUAAGACUUAUGAGGCCUGGAACUGAUACUUAUCAGAUAACUGAAAUGGUAAUGAAAGUUUGCAAAGAAUUUGAUUGUAAACCAGUGGAAGGUAUGCUUAGCCACCAGUUACAACAAUUUAAAUUAGAUGGUCCCAAAACAAUAAUACAAAAUCCGAGUGAAUCCCAUCGCAAAGAACAUGAAAAGGCAACUAUUGAAGCUAACGAAGUAUAUGCUUUGGAUGUAUUAGUUAGUACUGGAACUGGAGCAGCUCGUGAAACAACUGCCAAGGUAUCUGUAUUUAAAAAGACAGAUGAGGUUUAUCCUCUGAAACUUAAAGCAUCUAGGACAUUCUAUACUGAAGUUAUACAAAACCACAGUAUAAUGCCAUUUAACUUGAGAAAUUUUGAAGACGAAAAAAAAGCUAAGAUGGGUGUUAUGGAAUGUGUUAACCAUAAAUUAAUAGAACCUUUCCAAGUGCUUUUUGAAAAAACUGGUGAAACUGUUGUCCAAUAUAAGUUUACUGUAUUAGUAACAGCUACGGGACCAGCUAGAAUAACUGGAUUACCAUUUGAGGAAGAUAUUUAUGUACCCACAUUAGCUAUUAAAGACCCAGAAGUUUUGGCAAUUCUUAAAACAUCAGUCAAUCAAAGGGGAGUAUUGCAACCUGUGAAAAAGAAGAAGAAGAAAACUCAAAAAAACUCCACUAGUGAAAUGGAUGUUGAUCAGCCAAUUAAGGAAGUUGAAAAAAUGGAAGUGGAUGCAUCUGCUUAAAAUUUUAUAUUUUGUUGAUUCAAUGUAAUGUACACACAUGUUUUAAACGUCCAACUACACACUAACAAAAAAUCAUUAACAUACAACUUACCUUCAGGUUAUAUAAGAAAAUUAACUAAUUAGUAAACUUUCGACAUAUGAUCAUGGAAUUUAUAACUUCAAUGAAGACAAAUCAUUUAGAAUAUAGAAAAUAUAAUAUAUGACCAAGUUUUUAUAUAUUAUAGUAAUUUCAAUAUUGA